AUGAAGAAUAAGUAUCAAGGCAAUGUGAAGGCAAAAAGGGUACAACUCCAAGGACUCCGAACUGAAUUUGAGACUUUGCGUAUGAAGUCAGGAGAGGCAGUUGCAGAUUUCUUUUCAAGAACUAUUGUAAUUGCAAGAAAGAUGAGAAUCCAUGGAGAGCAAAUGCAGGAUCUCACCAUUGUUGAGAAAAUCCUUCGAUCAAUGACACCGAAAUUUAAUCUUGUUGUCUGCUCUAUCGAAGAAUCGAAGGAUAUUGAUGAACUCUCCAUUGAUGAAUUGCAAAGUUCAUUGUUAGUUCAUGAGCAGAAAAUCAUCCAGCAGGACAAAGAAGAGCACGCACUGAAAGCAACCACAGAUAAUCCUUCUAAAACAAGUGGAGGUCGAGGCAGAGGCCGAGGUUAG